AUGGUCAGCCGCUCGACCUUCACGUCGACCCUGCCCCAGCUGGACAAGGACCACCGCCACCAGAUGUCCGAGAUCGAGAUAUACGUCCAGGCUGCGCGGGACGCGCACGCCCGGAACCGCGAGGGCUCGAGGUGCCCCUGGCUGGUGCAGGUCCUGGCACACCCCGCGACGUACGCGGCGGUCGCGGCGCUGGCUGUGUUCAUGUGUUUCCUGGACGUGGUGCUCGGGGAGGCUGUGCAGCCGAUGCCGGGCGUCGGCGACGAGUGGGGCGCGGCUGCGGGCGCCAUCACGCUCAUGCUUGCCCUCACCGCGACCCACGUCGCCGCAGGGCUCCUGUGCGAUGUUCCGGAGCUGCGCCAGCUGCUCCCGAACCUCGUCGACCUCAUCCCCGUCAUCUGCUUUUUCACGUGGCCCGCCGUGUACAACGAGCGCUUCGAAACGGGCUCCUCGUUCGCGGCACCGCUGGGCCGCGAGGAGGCCGCCGGGCACUUCGACGACAUCGACCGGGUCAGGGCCGUCGUGCGGUACCUGCUGCUACCGUCCGCGUUCCUGCGGGUCGUCGUGGCCGCCUGGCGGCACCGUGUCCUCGCGAGCCGAGUCGCUCAAGCUCGCGACGACAAGCACGCCCCCAACUCGAGCCGGUGGUCGCAGAUCCUCAUGGCCGUCACCGCGCUCAGCGUCCUCGGCGUGCUGGCGGUCGUCACGAUCGUGGGCGUGAUUUCCUCCCAAGGACAAGCGGACAUCAGCGAGGCGGACGGCGGCGCGACGGGCCGGUUCACGCACGUGUACAUCGAGGGCGUGCUGGUCCUGACGCGGUCCCGCGCAGCCCCGGGGGACCCGCUGUCGCCUGACUACGGCCCGGGGGUGUGGAUCACGAACGACCCGGAGCCCGGCCUCCCCUCCGUCGUCGGGCGCGCGGACUUCAACAGCCUGCACGAGCCGCACCGCGCAGAAACGACCGUGCGCAAGAUUCUGCUGCUGGCGCUGUGCAGCGGCCUGCUGGCGUGCAACUUCUACCUGGCGUCGCGGAUGAUGAUCGGGCCGAUGCAGGACCUCCUCAGCGAGCUGCUGAGCACCGCGCAGCUGCUCACGGACUCGGCGGCCGUGCCCGUUGGCCCGCCCAGGAGUGACGCGCAGGGCAAGCCGAGCCUGGGCAUCGGCACGACGAUCGAGAGCGCCCUGUCCUACAUCCUCGAGUUCAUCACAAUCAUGGCGAAAGCCUUCGAGGGCGGGAGGAUGGUGUUCCAGCGGCUGAUGGACCAAGCGAUGGAGGCCGGAGACGACGUGGACGUCGCGGCGGGCGGCAAGAACUGGGCGGCCAUGUUUUCGAGCACGGCGUACGGCUCCAGGGACACACAGCUCAAGACCGCGUCGUCCAAGCCCGGCGCUGCUGCGCGGGGCAAGCGGUGGCUGCGCCGCGGGUCGACGGCGACGAGCGGCGUGGCGCAUUCGCAGAGGUCGUCGGGGGCGUUGUCGGACAGCCACUCGCUGCCGUUGGCUGCGCUGGAGUGGAAGUGGUCGGCGCUGCACGUGAGCGCGGACAAGCUGCACGCGCACGUGGUGGGGAUGUUCGACAAGCUCGGGCUGCUGACGGAGGAGGCGGAGGCGUCGGUGGGGCGCAUUCCGCGGAAGAAGCUGGUGGCGCUGCUGCCGCUGGUGGAGCGGGACUACCCGGAGAACCCGUACCACAACUGGCGGCACGCGGUGGACGUGACGCACGGGUGCUUCAUGCUGCUGCUGCAGUCGACGGAGCUGGACCGGCUGCUGACGCGGCGGGACCGGCUGGCGCUGAUGCUGGCGGCGCUGGGGCACGACAUGGGGCACAAGGGGACGAACAACGCGUUUCUGGUGUCGACGAGGGACCCGCUGGCGAUCCGGUACAACGACCAGUCGGUGCAGGAGAACAUGCACGCGGCGCGGCUGUUUACGACGAUGAUCGAGCACAAGGAGGCGGACGUGCUGGAGGGGUUGGAGCUGGACGAGUGGUCGCGGGUGCGGUCGCUGGUGGUGGAGGCGAUCAUGGGGACGGACAUGGCGCGGCACUUUGACAUCAUUGCGGGGCUGGAGGCGCGGGCGGAGGCGGCGCGGCUGGUGCGGGAGCGCGACGCGGUGCUGGAGUCGGAGGCGGGCGACGUGCGGCUGUCGGACAAGGACCGGAAGCUGCUGCUGCAGAGCUUGCUGCACUUGGCGGACCUGUCGCACAUGCUGAAGGACAACGCGACGAAUCUGGAGUGGACGCGGCGGGUGAUUGCGGAGUUUUUCGCGCAGGGGAAGAUGGAGAAGACGCUGGGGCUGCCGUCGCUGCCGCUGAUGCAGGAGGGGGAGACGUACGUGCCGGGGUCGCAGGUGGAGUUUUUUGAGUUUUUGGUGCGGCCGUUCGUGUCGGCGAUGUGCCUCUGGCUCCCCUCCGCGGCCCCGCCCAUGAGCCGGGCCCUCCUCAGCAACUUCCGCAACUGGCUGCGGAUGCUCGAAGCGGACAAGGAGGCCGCCAUCCUCGCGGGCGCGGUCUCGCCAGCCGACGUACACACCAGCAGCAACCGAGGCACCAUGCCCGACGCCAAGGAGUUUAACAGCGGCAACGAGCACGGCGAUCGGCGGCCGCGCGCGUCCAUGGCGCUCGUGCGAGGCUCGGUCCGGAACCCCUUGCGGCGCACGAACACGGGCCUCCGGAGCGCGGCCUCUGGGCCGACUGGGGACGUCGACGCCCGCAUAGCGUCGCAGAACCGCAACGAGUUCUCCAGUGCGCUGCUCAGGAGCACCAUGCGGUGGAAGGACGGCGGCGUGCCCAUUCAAGAUGCCCCGAAGUACCUGAAGCUGAACGCCAGCGCGCGGUUCGCGGCGUUCCGGGACCACCUCCGGACGGCCCUGACGACGGGGCGAGACAGCACCAACAAAGGCGGGUCGCGGCCGCGGGGCAGCAGACCAAGUUGA